UCUCAUUCCUCUAUUUAAGUUCAACUCACACAUGUACAUUUUCUACAUGAUCUAGUAAAGUGUUUAUCUUAUCUAUGGCUAUUUGUUUCAUUGCAUAGACCAUAAGUACAAUCAUGUCGUUUCUGCAUUAUGUGGUAGUUAUUUUAUUUGUUAUAAUAUCUGCUGCAAAGUCGGAAUGUCAAAGAGGCUGGUUGCAUUUUGGAAAUUCUUGCUACUUUUUCAGUUCUAGACAUAAAUCAUGGUUGGAUGCUGCAAAUUUCUGUAGAGCAUACCAUUCGGAAUUAGCAUCAGUAGAGACUGGAGCAGAAAAUGACUUCAUAGCAGACAAUAUAAAUCGUAUAAAAAAUGGAUUGUCCAAAAAGCGAAACACUGAUCCUGACUUUUGGAUAGGUGGAACAGAUGCAGUAAUUGAGGGUGUAUGGGUCUGGGCAGCCAGUGGAAAAGCCAUAACCUACAGUAAUUUUAUACACCCACCGGAGAAUUCAGUACAUGAGAACCCAGACGGUGCAAACUGUCUCGAGAUUGUCCAGUGGACAGGCAGAGUGGGCAAAUGGCAUGAUGAUAACUGUUUGGACGAAUCGCACUUUAUUUGUGAAAUGGAAUUUCCAGCAUCAGGAGGAGGUAUUGUGGGAUAACACCAAGCGCUCAGCUUAUAAUAACAAUAAUUUUUUUUGUG